CGAAUAUUUCAUGUCCAUUGAAUAGCAGUUCAAUAACAUUUAUGUAUAGAUUUGUAUUGAAAGUUUAAUAGCUCCUAUAAUAAUCUACUUAACGAUACGGUUUAAAAGGUUUUAUAUAGAGUCACCAAUAUGGCCGAAAAUACUGAAAGUAAGGAUGACAAUGAGGAAUGCCAAUUUUGUGACAUAGACCCUGAACUACUGAAAUGCAUCCGUAAAUCGAUUUCAAAUCCAACAAAAUACGAUAAGCUUCAAGACAUGGUUAAAUCAAUGAUUCUCCAUUCUGAAGACUGGUUAUAUCAUUACUUACCAUUACAAGUCAAGCCACAUCCGUGCUUAGCUGAAUAUUCUGUUGAGGCGAUCGGAAGUGCAAGCGAACAGUUAGCAGUAACGGAAGACAGUGAACUGGGAUAUAACGAUGAGUUAGAUUUUACGCUUGUGCUAAAAACAAUAACGGCGUCACAGGAUACCAACACAUGCAAUUUAGAAAAUAUGGCAGAGGUGUCAUUUUCAACGGAAUUUCCGGGACAUGUUUAUGUAAAAAUUCCAAAAGGCAAAACGGCAAGUAUAUGGAAUAACUUUUGUAACAUAGUUUCAAAUGAACAGGGAAGUAUAAACGAAUUCUUCAUCGCACCUGAGGCAAUUACCGAUGAGUUUUAUAUGAUGAUGUGCUAUAGAAACAGUAUUCAGAACUGGUCACGUUUAGAAAAGUAUCUAAAGCAAAAUGAUAAUAAUAAGGAAGAAAGUGCUGAUACUACAGAGAAAAACAUCGAUGAUAAGCUUUCAGAUAAAGUUGAUAACAGCUAUUACAUGUUUGCUCAAGAAGGACCUGCAGUUAAAACUACAAUAUUCUACAACAGUGACAAGAUUUCGCUGCAGUUUGAUUGUGCUAUUGCGAUACCAUGUCUUGAGUGGCCGAGUAUUGCCUCGGACUGGAUUGAGAGGAGAAGAAAUUCAGGAUGGCCGUCGAAUGCCCUUGUUCGAGAAGUAACAUCAAAUGGGUGUCUGUUGGUGCCUAAAUGCCCUACGUUGAGUCGAACACAUCUUGAAUGGAGAAUUUCUUUCUGCCUUGUGGAGAGAGAUUUAAUGAAGCAGUUAAAGGAGGAACAAAGAGUAUGUUAUAUGCUGCUCAAAGGGAUCUGGAGACAGUUUCUCAAACCGCCGUCUGGCAAAGCUUUGCAAUCAUAUCAUUUGAAAAACGUGCUUCUCUGGGAAUGUGAAAACAUUAAAAGGGAGGACUGGACAUUAGAACAUAUUACGACAAGAGUUAAAGGGCUUCUUUUGCGUCUGAAGACCUACAUAGAAGCAAGUCAUUGUCCUCACUAUAUAGUUCCAGAAAACAACCUUUUUCAGGAUAUAGAAAGUGGUAUUUUAAGUCGCACUGGUGAGCGGGUGGAGGUUUGUAUAUCCAAGGCUAAAGUUACGUGGAUUCAAAACAGUGGAUUAUUUUUACUUUCACCAGAAAAAACAAGACUUGGUAUGCGCAAAGAUAUGUUGGAUAUGUACAUUAAUUUUGUCGAAGAGAUUUGCAAGUCUUAUGCAAGUUUUGGAACAAAGGCAAGUUUUGUUGAUUUUGGAAUUUUGGACACAAUGUUUGAAAAUAUUGCACUGAAGGAAUUAUUAGGGCCUCUUGGCAUGGCUUUUAUUAUGGAAUUACUUAUGACUACAAUGAGACCAAACGAAGUCAGUCUAAUGCGAAGAUAUAUAUGUACAAGAGCAUCACCGAAACAGUUACAACAAGCAAGCGCAAAUGGUUUGCUAGAAUUCAUAUAUUGCAAUGUCAGUGGCUUAAGUGCCUUGUCAGAGCUUACUGAAAUUGUUACAAAAAUUGAAAUAUUAAAAACGCAACAAUUUCAAGAAUACGGGUUUUCCAAGUCGUAUAGCGUCGACGAAAUACUUCACAUUAUAGGACAAUAUCUCCAAGAAAGAUCAUUAAACAAUGGGACUGAAUGUGAUUACUAUUCCUUGUUUGAUUUAUUAAACAAAAUGAAACACAAACUGACUCGUGAAGAUAAUGAAGACAUUGAGGAAAACAUCGAAGAUGACUCUGAUUACGAAGUAGUAGAAGAAAUUGUAUGCGAUGGAUGUGAUAAUGAAAUUGUGGAGACCUAUCAUCAUUGCUCAGUUUGCACCGAUUUUGAUCUGUGUAGAAGCUGCUUCGCGACCAAUUAUCAACAUGACCAUGAUUUUAUCACAAUGAGUUUGUGAACAUAGCUAACGUUAAAAUUGUCUUCCAAGAAAACAACAUCCUUAGUUCAAAAGAUACAUAUUUCAAACAAUAGUACUCAUAUUGAAUUGAUUUGUAUUGUAUAUCAUUGUUUAUCUACUAAAAGAGAAUACUGUAGAAUUAGAUAUUUGUUCGUGCUUAAAAGUUAACAUUGUUAGAUUUUGGAAUAGGUUCAUGUUGUAGAGUAUUCUGUAUGCUUGUCAAGCUUGUUCAACAUAUAGGACAAUUUUAAACAAUACAAGUACUUUUACGAAUGUAUAUUUUCACUAAGACGGACAUGUUGCGAAUUCAUCGAAAAUUAAUCUCUCUCAAAAUUCUACAAUACAUAAUAUUUAUAACAUAAUAACUUUAUUAACAAAUUGCUCCAAAACUUUUAAGAAGCAGUUUUGUCUGUUGGCAAAGCAAUGACAAUUCGCAUUCAGCAGAGCUGGGUACGAAAGAACGACAUAUAACUUUAACAAUUUUUUGGAUACUUGACGGCAUUCAUAUUUUAUUGUCGCACAAUACUAAUCUUCAGUUCCGUCCAUCUAGGAAUAUACAGGAUGCUAUGUUAUUAUUUGAAGGAAAGUAGUGCCCAAGAAAAAAUAAUAAGUUAUCGCAUACAAACCUACACGCCGCAAGGGUCCGUUAGUCUGUGGUGAAUUGUAAUUUUCUGGAAUUUUUUUUCCUGUAUACAUAUAUUUUGAAAAUUUACGUUUUUAUGAAAGGUUAAAUGUCUCUUAAUAAGACUUCCGCUGGUAACUUCUUUUCGGCAUGGCGACCAUCUUGAAUUUUUAAAAUGGCUGCUGUAUUUGAAUAAGUAUGCUGUUAUAUAUUCAAUCUAGCCCCUAAUAAACCUGCUGUGAUUCUUUAAAAUAAAUAGUAUGUUUAUUCAAAUACAUGCUUAAGAUAUUCAACCUUAAAUAUAGUAAUACUCAUUUAAAGACAAUGUAUUUGUGAAUUAUGAGUAAAAGAGUGAAGAAAAUGCCCCUGCUACAAUGAAAUACCUAUUACAAUGAAAGAAAACUCGAAUAUAGAGAUGAAUUUUCUUUCCAUUAUAAAAUCAUCACUCAAAACUAGAACACUCUAAACUAUAAAUCUAAUAGUGCAGCUUUUCUAAAAGCUAACACAUGAAGUCUGCUACAAAUAAUCUAGUCCUAAAAAUUGUUUCUUUCCGGUAUCCCGAGCUACCCUAAAUUUUUGGCCCGACCCUAAAUGUUUUAUGGCCUUGAAGAUUUUGUUUCAAUUUUGUAACAAAAAGUUGCAAAACUGUGUUUUUUAUGCUUUAAACAUUACUGAUGCUCUAAAGGCAUAACCGCCUCAUUUGUAUUCAUUUUUGACACAAAAAUAAUUUCCGAAAAGUCCCACUUAGAAAAAAAACAACAAAAUACUGACCUACAUACACUAAUACUUUUAGUAAGUUACGGCAAAAACACAAUCUUUUUACGCCUUAUGGCAGUGACAUAAAUUGAGAUACCGUUGUAGAAAAUGAUAAGUUUAGGGCAACAUGAAUUAACAUUAGUAGUUUUGAAUUAUUUUAAGUAUAAUUGCAAUAUAUGACUUUGAUAAACUGUCUGCAGCAUUACACAAACAAGAAUUGGUCAUACUAUUAGCCAAAUUUCAGCAUACAAACUAGUUGGUGUAACAUGCAUACAUCUAAAUUUGGAAUAGAUAUGUCUGCCUGUAUGAAAUAUGGAGUAUUCCAUCCAACUUUUUUCUCCCGUACACACAAAGUAUCUUCAAUAACUCUUUCAUUCUUAUUGUAACUAUUAUAGUCUCAAAUAUCUGUAUGAAUUAGAAAUAUUUUGUACUUCUUA